AUUUGUUCUUUUCUUUCCAGAGAUCUGAAAACGUCGACCUGUCUUUGAGUAUACCACAGUCGAAUUUCCAUUCUAACGGUUACGAUAUGAAUGACCAGGGGAUGCAACAGAUGAACCAGCAGAUGUCGCAACAGCAGGACGCGUUGGGCAUGCACGACCCCACAGGGGGCUACCAGCAGCCCCUCUAUCUGUCUGGGCCCCCAGACCAUGGUAUGGUCAAUCCGUCGUACCACAGCCCCCAGUCUAGCUACUCUGCGCAGCAGCAGCAGGCUCACACGCAGCAACAGCAGCAACAACAGCAGCACAACAGCCAGCUGCUGAUGAUCCAGCAGCAGCAGCAACAACAGCAGCAUCAGCAGAUGAUGAUGAACCAUGGGCAGCCGCCGCCCAUGGGGUACGGCGCGUCGCCGCAGCACCCACAGGGUCGGGGGAACAGCCCGCCCGCGCCUGGGCAGGAGCCCACGACCAGCGAGGAUAGCGACGAUAGCACUCCGCAUCCAGCAAUGAUUACGGCGAUGAAAAGGCCUUCCCCAGAACCGGCCGAUCAGACGUUAACGAAGGCACAAAAGAAACCGAAAGUACAAAAGAAGAAAAAGAAGAGAGAUCCUAAUGAACCACAGAAGCCAGUAUCGGCUUACGCACUUUUCUUCAGGGAUACCCAGGCAGCCAUAAAGGGGCAAAAUCCCAAUGCAAGUUUCGGUGAGGUCUCCAAAAUCGUAGCGUCUAUGUGGGAUGCACUAGAUUCAGAACACAAGAACGUGUACAAGAAGAAGACCGAAGCCGCGAAGAAGGAGUACCUCAAAGCCCUCGCCGCCUACCGCGCCAGCCUCGUCUCGAAGGGCGCCGGCGACGCCGAGGGCAUGUACGGCUCGUACGCCAGCUACCAGGCGGGCGCGCCCCAGUACGCCGCCUACCAGCCGCAGGGCACCGUUCCGUCGCCGCCCAUGUCGGCAGCCGCCCCGAGUUCCGCCCAGGCACCGCCCGGGGGCAAGAAGCCCAUGAUGCAGCAGCAGCAGCAUCAGGGGAUGAUGCAGGCGCAUGCCAUGAGCAUGCAGCACAUGCAGCAGCAGCAGCAGCACAACAGUUAUAUGCAACAGCAACACGCGGCCAUGUCCCCGCCGCAACAACACGUGCCCCUCUCCCCCCACAUGCAGCAGCAACAGCAGCAGCAGCAGCAGCACAUGAGCCCCCCGCCGAUGGUGUCGGCGUCCCCUCCAGCCAGCGGCGCCCCUCCGCCCCCCUCUAACGCCGCCGGCCAGGGGCAGGGUCAGGGGCAGCUGCGCGGCGGGCAGACGGGCUGCAUCCGGCACGGCUGCCCCAAUCCGGCCGUCACGAAUCCCGAGUGGGAGGACGAGUAUUGCAGCAACGAGUGCGUCGUCAGCCAUUGCCGGGAUGUUUUCACAAACUGGGUAUCUGGCAACAAGAACCAAUCACAGAACUUUUCGACGGUCAAAUAAAUUUGAAGCUUGUAGCGUCGCAAGGAAAAUGGCGGAGGAAGUUAGUAGCAAUACCAACGUUGGAUCUAUAAAUUCACAACAGAUUAUGGAAAGGCGGAGGAUCGAAUAA